UGGGGGGGGAGCAGUUCUCUGCGCCGUCUGAGAGAGAAAACAAGAGUUUUGUGCGGUAACCAAGAGGCAAAGAGAAGAGCCGAAGACCGGCGAGAGAAGCUCCAAACUCUGCUUAGCAACCUGGUCCUGCAGUAGCCCGCAGGGCGUUUCCGUGCUGCUGUCCCCUCCCCUCAGUCCGCCUGUAUCCCUACAUUCCGUGCUGCCAGAACAGCAGCAGCAGCAUCUCUGCCAGGCUCCACCAUUCUAAAGCGAGCUUCUCUCCCACUUUUCCUCUCUCUCAUUCCCAGCAGCUUCCAGCCAGUGCUGCCUCUUUGCGGCUCUGCUCGCUCAGUUGCUGGGGAGGGAAGGGGGGAAGAGGCCGCCAUGUUGGAUCCUGAGACUUUAGCAGCGGCUUGUGCGUGAGGGCGUCGGGAGUAGGGAGUAAGGGGGGGGUGGGAGUGUGAAAGAAGGGGAGGACGACGAGCAAAGGAAAAGGAAACGAAGGGGGGGAAGGUAUCACCACGUCGUCCUCUUUGCCUUACGAAGAUUCCCUAAACACGGUGGACUGAAGCAAGGGCAGCAUCACUUCGUCCCCUGGACUGGAAAAUAGAAGCAGCAGCAACAGUUUCUAAAGGGAGGAAGCCGGCUCGGUGUGUGGAAUAGAGAAGAAACAACAUCCCGGCCCCCUUAGUCACCCUCUUCCCUCAAGACAAACAAGGAGCAGGAGGACACGCAGCGACAUGGAAAGGAUUUGCUAGGAUUAUAGCUCAGCCUUCCCUUUUGCUUGGGCGUCCUGGUAUUUCAGCGAAGGCGAAUGUUGUUUCCCCCUCCCCAAGCUACGACUCUACCCUGUCCCCAAAAUGCAUGAGGGCGGGGGGCCUAAGGAAAGGAAGACUUCACCUUUAUUUUGGGGUUGCUGAAGAGCUUGUAAGAGAAGACUUGGGAACGGAAGAGAGGUAGCUCGACCCUUUCCACAGCCAGCCGGGAGGAGAGGCUCUGUUUCUGGGGACUCGUCCUUCCCCUCCGUCUUUUCUCCCCACCCCCGCUCUCCGAAGAAUUGCCACUGAUGCAUUUUCCAAGGGGUGGUGGAGGUGGUGGAGGUGGAGGUGGAAGUGAUGGAGGCGAAGGGGGUGGUGGAGGCGGCGGCGGCUAUUUUCCAGCACUAGACCUUCCAAAUCCUAGGCGUUUUAUUUUUGCCCCCCUGUCGUCGGAUAUCUUUCUUUCUGCUGCUUUUUCCUUGCAAGUGGAUUGCUGAUGCAAAUUGAAUGGGGAUUUUACACGUUAAUGAUGCAGUAGGAUUCAUUUCGGGAUUAUGUUGCAUGAUCUGAAUUUUGAAUGAAGGAGGAGACCUUUAAAAAUCUAUCUCUAUGAGAGAAGAGUGGAUUCAGUCCUGGGUUGAAUCUCUUUCUAAUAUUAUUAUUUAAAUGUAUAAAGUAUAUAUUUUCUCUUUUUAAAUGUAUUAAAUCAGAUUUUAGGGCAAUUAUUUUUCUUCCAUAUUCUGUAUAUAUUGUAUAUGCAUGUGUGGAAAAGCUAAGAUACAGCAUUCAGAGUGGGAAUUCUGAGAUGCAAUGUAUGCUCAGCACCAUCCCGAAGAAGCACUGACUUUUCAAAAUACUUUUUAGAAACUCUAAAACAUUCUGAUGUGUUAGAUUUUUCAAAAAUAACAACUACUAAUAAUUGAGGAAAGUCCCAUUAAAAACUGAAGCAACCAUGUCUGGAGAGGUGCGCUUGAGACAGUUGGAACAGUUUAUUUUGGAUGGGCCAACUCAGACAAAUGGGCAGUGCUUUAGUGUGGAAACACUGCUGGAUAUUCUCAUCUGCCUUUAUGAUGAAUGUAAUAAUUCACCCCUGAGGAGAGAGAAGAAUAUUCUGGAGUAUCUAGAAUGGGCCAAGCCUUUCACUUCUAAAGUGAAACAGAUGCGACUACAUAAAGAAGACUUUGAAAUCUUGAAGGUGAUUGGCCGAGGAGCCUUUGGAGAGGUUGCAGUAGUGAAAUUGAAAAAUGCAGAUAAGGUGUUUGCCAUGAAAAUAUUAAACAAAUGGGAGAUGCUGAAAAGAGCUGAGACAGCUUGUUUUCAAGAAGAGAGGGAUGUAUUAGUGAAUGGAGAUAACCAAUGGAUUACAACAUUGCACUAUGCUUUUCAGGAUGAAAACUAUUUAUACCUGGUUAUGGAUUAUUAUGUUGGUGGUGAUCUGCUUACCUUGCUCAGUAAGUUUGAGGACCGAUUACCUGAAGAAAUGGCUCGCUUUUAUUUGGCUGAAAUGGUAGUAGCAAUUGAUUCUGUACAUCAGCUACAUUAUGUCCACAGGGACAUCAAGCCAGACAACAUCCUGAUGGAUAUGAAUGGACAUAUUCGGUUAGCAGAUUUUGGUUCUUGUCUGAAACUGAUGGAAGAUGGAACGGUUCAAUCUUCGGUGGCAGUUGGAACACCUGAUUAUAUCUCUCCAGAAAUCCUGCAAGCCAUGGAAGAUGGAAAAGGAAAGUAUGGUCCUGAAUGUGACUGGUGGUCCCUCGGUGUUUGCAUGUAUGAAAUGCUUUAUGGAGAAACACCCUUUUAUGCAGAAUCCCUGGUGGAGACUUACGGAAAGAUAAUGAACCAUAAAGAGAGGUUUCAGUUUCCUGUCCAAGUGACGGAUGUGUCUGAAAAUGCCAAGGACCUGAUUCGAAGACUCAUUUGCAGCAGAGAGCAUAGACUUGGACAGAAUGGGAUAGAAGAUUUUAAGAGCCACCCCUUUUUUUCAGGGAUUGACUGGGAUAACAUUCGAAACUGUGAAGCACCUUACAUCCCUGAAGUCAGCAGUCCAACAGAUACAUCAAACUUUGAUGUAGAUGAUGAUUGUUUAAAGAAUUCUGAGACAAUGCCCCCACCAACACAUACUGCAUUUUCUGGCCAUCAUCUGCCAUUUGUAGGAUUCACGUACACAAGCAGCUGUGUCCUUUCGGACCGCAGUAGUCUAAGAUAUGCAGCUGGGCAACGUGCUACGGACCUUGAUGCCAAUGUUCAAAGGACGCUUGAGGAUACCUUAGCAACAGAAGCAUAUGAGAGGCGAAUAAGGCGCCUGGAGCAGGAAAAACUUGAACUUAGCAGAAAACUACAAGAGUCAACACAAACAAUCCAGGCCCUGCAUUAUUCAUCUGUAGAUGGUCCAUUAACAGCAAGCAAAGAUUUAGAAAUUAAAAGCCUAAGAGAAGAAAUUGAAAAGCUAAGAAAACAGGUGACUGAUUCUGGACGACUGGAGCAGCAACUUGAAGAGGCCAGUUCUGCAAGAAGAGAAUUAGAAGAUGCUGCCAGACAGAUCAAAGCUUUUGAGAAGCAAAUCAAAGGAUUAAAGCAAGAGAGGGAUGAUCUUAAUAAGGAGCUGAUUGAGUCUAGUGAAAGAUUAAAGACCCAAACCAAAGAGCUGAAAGAUGCACACAGCCAACGGAAACUGGCCAUGAAGGAAUUCUCUGAGAUGAAUGAGCGACUUACAGACUUGCAUUCACAAAAACAGAAACUUAGCCGUCAAGUCAGAGAUAAGGAAGAAGAGAUGGAAGCAGUGAUGCAGAAAGUAGAAAGUUUGAAGCAAGAGCUACGCAGAACAGACAGAAUGAAGAAGGAACUGGAAGUUCAUGCUGAAGCUGCAGCUGCUGAGGCAUCCAAGGACAGGAAAUUGCGUGAGCGAAGUGAGCAGUACUCUAAGCAGCUGGAAAAUGAGUUAGAAGGACUAAAGCAGAAGCAAAUUGGUCGCUCCCCAGGGGUGAGCAGCACAGAACAUCAGCAAGAGAUCACCAAAUUAAAAGCUGACUUGGAGAAGAAAAGUGUUCUUUAUGAAGAGGAGAUAUCUAAACGAGAAGUAAUACAUUCUAAUGAAAUAAAAAAUCUGAAGAAAGAACUGCGUGAUGCAGAAAGCCAACAACUUGCUCUCAAAAAAGAGAUCCUAAUCUUGAAAGACAAGUUGGAAAAGACAAGAAGAGAAAGCCAAAGUGAAAGAGAGGAGUUUGAAACAGAAUUCAAACAGAAAUAUGAACGGGAGAAGAUUCUGUUGACAGAAGAGAACAAAAAGCUUUCUGCUGAGCUUGAUAAGCUUACAGGCACGUAUGAGAGACUAAGCAUGAGUAACCGUCAACUGGAAGAAGAGAUGAGAGAUCUUGCUGACAAAAAAGAAUCUGUAGCACACUGGGAAGCGCAGAUCACAGAGAUCAUCCAGUGGGUGAGUGAUGAAAAGGAUGCUCGAGGCUAUCUUCAGGCCUUAGCCUCCAAAAUGACUGAAGAACUAGAGGCCCUGAGGAACUCCAGUUUGGGUGCAAGAGCAACAGACAUGCCUUGGAAGAUGCGCCGUUUUGCAAAACUGGAUAUGUCUGCGAGGUUAGAGCUACAGUCAGCCCUUGAUGCAGAAAUACGAGCCAAACAAGCCAUUCAAGAGGAAUUAAAUAAAGUUAAAGCUUGCAAUAUUGCAACAGAAUGCAAACUACAGGAAUCUGACAAGAAGAACUCUGAGCUAUUGUCAGAAAUAGAAAGACUGAAAAAAGAGACAGAAGAACUCCAAUCAGAAAAGGGUGUAAAGCACCAAGACUCACAGAAUUCUUUCUUGGCAUUUUUGAAUGCACCUACCUCUGCUCUGGAUCAGUUUGAACGCUCUCCUUCCUGUAUUCCAGCUCACAAAGGCAGACGUAUUGAUUCUGUUGAAAAUUUUACAUUAUCUAAUACACCUUCGCGGGAUGAAGAUAUCAAGUGUCACCUUCAUUCAAGAUCUAGGUCCCCUUCCGCAGCUAGUGACAUUGAACCAAUUGAGGUUUCAGAUCAUCCUCUGCAUCCAGUUCACACACCAACCAUGAGAUCACCAUAUAUUGGUUCAGCCCUCUCUGUGCCAAAGCCUAAGGCCCAUCAAUUUGUAGUGAAAUCCUUUAAUAACCCUACCAAAUGCAAUCAGUGCACGUCUUUGAUGGUUGGCUUAAUAAGACAGGGUUGUACCUGUGAAGUGUGUGGAUUUUCAUGCCACGUGACCUGUGCAGACAAGGCACCAGCAGUGUGUCCAAUCCCACCUGAACAGACAAAGGGUCCUCUGGGGAUUGAUCCACAGAAAGGCAUAGGAACUGCUUAUGAAGGACACGUCCGGGUCCCUAAACCAGCUGGAGUGAAAAAAGGCUGGCAAAGAGCACUGGCUGUUGUCUGUGACUUCAAGCUCUUCCUUUAUGAUAUAGCAGAAGGAAAAGCAUCCCAGCCCAGUGUGGUAGUGAGUCAGGUUCUCGAUAUGAGGGAUGAAGAAUUCUCAGUGAGUUCUGUCUUGGCUUCUGAUGUCAUCCAUGCAAAUAGAAAAGAUAUUCCUUGUAUCUUUAGAGUUACAGCUUCUCAGCUAUCAGCAUGCAGUAACAAGUGUUCAAUCCUGAUCCUAGCUGACAGUGAGAAUGAAAAGAGCAAAUGGGUGGGAGUCCUAAAUGAACUGCACAGGAUUUUAAAGAAGAACAAGCUCAAAGAUCGCUCAGUCUAUCUUCCCAAAGAGGCCUAUGACAGCACCUUGCCGCUCAUUAAAACCACCCAGGCAGCAGCAAUAAUAGAUCAUGAAAGAAUAGCUCUGGGCAAUGAAGAAGGGUUAUUUGUGGUUCAUAUCACCAAAGAUGAGAUAAUUCGUGUUGGUGACAAUAAGAAAGUUCAUCAGAUUGAGCUCAUCCCGAAUGAGCAGCUUAUUGCAGUGAUCUCAGGACGAAACCGUCAUGUACGGCUCUUCCCUAUGAUAGCCCUGGAUGGACGAGAGACUGAUUUUUAUAAACUGGCAGAGACGAAAGGUUGCCAGACUCUAGUUUCUGGACAAGUGCGCCAUGGAGCCCUUACUUGCCUGUGUGUGGCAAUGAAAAGACAGGUCCUUUGCUAUGAACUAAAUCACAGCAAGACACGUCACAAAAAGAUUAAGGAGAUCCAAGUGGCUGGGAAUGUCCAAUGGAUGGCAAUAUUUAGUGAGCGGCUCUGUGUGGGCUACCAGUCAGGAUUCUUAAAAUACCCUUUGCAUGGAGAAGGAAACCCACAUAGUUUGCUUCACCCAGAUGAUCACACACUGUCGUUCAUUGUACAGCAGCCAACUGAUGCCAUCUGUGCAGUUGAAAUCUCAAAUAAGGAAUACCUGCUGUGUUUUAGCAGCGUGGGGGUUUACGUGGACUGCCAAGGUCGAAGAUCAAGGCAACAGGAAUUGAUGUGGCCUGCAACCCCUUCCUCUUCCUGUUACAAUGCCCCAUACCUCUCAGUAUACAGUGAAAAUGCAGUUGAUAUAUUUGAUGUGAACUCCAUGGAAUGGAUUCAGACUAUCCCCCUCAAGAAGGUACGUCCUUUGAACACAGAAGGAUCGCUAAAUGUCCUGGGGCUAGAAACAAUUAGAUUAAUAUAUUUCAAAAACAAGAUGGCAGAGGGUGAUGAGCUGGUGGUUCCUGAGACAUCUGACAACAGCCGGAAACAAAUGGUCCGAAAUAUCAACAAUAAACGGCGCUACUCAUUCAGAGUGCCCGAGGAAGAAAGGAUGCAACAGAGGAGGGAGAUGCUGCGAGAUCCAGAAAUGAGAAAUAAAUUAAUUUCUAACCCAACUAACUUUAACCACAUAGCACACAUGGGCCCAGGAGAUGGUAUACAGAUCCUCAAAGAUCUACCUAUGCAAAGCUCCCCUUAUCCAUCCCCUCAUCAUCACUCCUGUCUCAUCUCUUCUCCAAGCAACUUCAAGCACAUCUAUCACAUGACUGUUAACUCAGCUGAAAAUUUCCUCUCCCAUGAUUCCGUAAACCCUACAUAUCCCCCACCUCUGCACUCUGUCCCUCGUACACCAGCCUUUAUGAAUAUAAGGAACCUUCGACCUCAGGAAAGUCGGACCAUGUUUAGUGGUUCUGUCAGUAUCCCAUCAAUCACAAAAUCCCGUACUGAACCAGGUCGCUCCAUGAGUGCUAGCAGUGGUUUGGCAGCAAGAUCAUCUGCACAAAAUGGCAGUGCUUUGCGGAGGGAAUUCUCUGGAGGUAGCUAUGGAGCAAAGCGUCAGCCAAUAGCAUCCCCUUCAGAUGGCUCUUUGUCUUCUGGUGGUUUGGACCAAGGCAGUGAUGCACCAGCGAGGGACUAUGAGCGAGAGGACUCUGACUCUCCAAGGCAUUCAACAGCUUCUAACAGCUCCAACCUGAGCAGUCCUCCCAGCCCCAUCUCACCUCACAAGACCAAGAGCCUCUCCCUGGAGAGCUCUGACCACGCGAGCUGGGACACAUGAAUUGCUUCAGCACUCAGAUUUUACAUCUCAGCAGCUUAUUAUCCCCAUGACUCUCCGUUUGCUGUCAGUGUCAUCACCCCCCAGCUUCCCUCCAAAAACAAACUAGGAGAGGGAGGGGAGAAAGAGAAUAGAUCUGUCUUCUCUGACACAAGCAGAGAAGCUUCUCCUCUAUCCCCCUCAUUCAACAGUAAGAGCAAGCAAGAGAAAAUAUUGUGGAGGGCUGGGGUGGGGGAAAGAGGUUGGUAUACAAGAGAUAUUGGUAUGUUUGUAUUAGUAUCUAUAUUAUUUCAUAAGGUUACCGCUGUUUCCAUUAUUAUGGGUAUAUUCCACACCAUGCCACCGUUGUGUAGACUGACCAAAACAGAAUCUGUAUGAGAGAACCAGAUUUUGCUUUGACACACACACAUAGUAUCUUUUUUUUCCCCAAGAGUUGCACAGCAACACUCCUCCCCAAUCUCUGGUUAUGGGGUGAAAUUUGCCCAGCACAGGCAAAUGCGCAUGCUUUCAGCAGCCACUCUAUUUGAAUGUCAAUCUGAUUGUUGCCAGCAAGUCCUUACUGAUUUUAAAGAAAUGAUUGCAUAUUUUACUACAGUAGAGUUUAAGUAAAUACGUAAAAUGAAGAGUUGGUACAUAUGUAUAUAAUAAAAGAAAAAGCAUAGUGAUGCAGCGAAA